AGUUCAAGAUGAACUAGUAAGGCUUGGGGAGCAGAUGGUCUCAACUUCCGAAGGUACAAAAGCGUUGGCCUUGGAACUAUGCCGUGAAUUUGAGGAUUAAUAUCUCCAACAUGUUACUACUGGUGAGGGAAAGGAGGGUGUGAUUAUGAAUUUCAUAAAGAGCUCCAGGUAUCAGGCGAUGAAGCGCAUAGAGCUUCUCUCCAGAGUAGUACUUGUAAAAGAGGGAAUAUAUCUCAUGGGUAUUUUCCUUUGGCUUUGAAAAGUAGAUCAUU